AUGUCUGUCAGGUUUAAAAUAUCACACGAAGACGACGAGCCUGAAUUUGUGGAAGUCACAGACAAGAGAACCAAGCUAGAGAACACGCAGCAACCAGUGAAGAAGCUGGUCUUCUCCCUCUAUAAGCUCAGAAAGAAGCGACAGCGAACCGAGACUCUUGGGCGGAAGAUCCAAUGGGCAUUGUAUCAAAAAGAUGAUUUCGAUAGCCUGAUCAAGGAUAUGUCUGGACUUGUCGAGAAGCUCCCAGAAACAUUCCCCAUAUUCGUCAAAGUUCUCGAGGGCCCAGAUGAGCUUCUCAAUCGCGGCGUUGUCGAGGAGGUUCGAGUGAAUGGGCACAAGCUGGAGGGCGCAGUCAUUCCGAAGGGGGAAAAUAAGAACUCGGUCGGUGAUGAUCUCGAAAACAAUCCUGACACUUUGGCGGCUGGCCCAUGA